AUGGGGCCAGGCCUGGGACAGCAGCUCGGCACCUCCAACACAUCCUCCAGCAGUGCCCCAGGCUCGCCUUCAUCACUCUGGACACCAGGCCUCCAGAGGCAAGGGCGCAGCCCCGGUCGCCCACGUCCUCGAGGCCCGGCACCAGGCACCUGAGCGCCCCACAAGGCCCACUCGGCCUUCGCCCUGGAGGCCUUCGGGUGCCUGAGCUCGGGCCACGCCAGCCGCCUGUGGGAGCAGCUGCGGCAGUUCUGGGCCGACCACUUUUCGCGGCGCUUCUCCCCGCGGCGCCCGCCGCUGCGUCGCAUUUCCUCCAUGUCCACCUUCUACCUGCUGGACCACCGGACGCGCCAGGCCGAGCUGGGCCUCAGCUACGGCGCGCCGCGCACGCGCCUCACCGACGAGGCCUUCGUGUUCCGCGGCGGCCGGUGGGCCAUCGAGGGGCAGCUGGGGCGGUCGCGGCCGCCGCUGCCCUCGCCCGGCAACUCGGGCUGGAAGACGCAGGUGCAGGGGGUCAACAGCCAGUUGCUGCUGGAGGAGAACAACUACCUGAAGCUGCAGCAGGAACUGCUCAUGGACAUGCUGACUGAGACCACGGCACGCAUGCACCUGCUAGAGAAGAAGCUCGACUCGCAAGCCAGCCCGCCGCCUGGGGCGCGCUCCUGGCAGCGGAAGAUGCGCAAACGCGAAGGCGCGAACGCCGUGCUGGUAAUCCAGCCGCGCGCUCUGGAGUCGCGGUGACGCAAUAAAGCCCGUGCGGCGCACGCGCACUUCA